AUGGUCAGCAGGUCUUUAUUAUUGUCAGGUGACAGCAUCGGUUUGUGAAUAAAGCGUUUUUCCUCGUGAUGCUGAUAAACAAAGCCUUUGAUACAUCGGUGGCUAAACUUGUGUAUGUUUUGUCAUUUGUAAUGUAUGAGAUAAAAGCACAGUUUGUCGGUGGCGAUUAUCUAUGAACCGUUUGAUUAUCUGAUCAUCGUUUGCGAGACACGAUGGAUGAUAAUGAAGAGAGUAGACCACUGCUGGUCAACGAUGAGCAAACAGACGAGGACAGAUCAGAGCAGGACGCGUAUUUGGAUAAAGUUAAGAAUGGGAAGCUGUUCAUGGCCACAUUCGCAGCAGUUCUGGGACCCCUAAGUUUUGGGUUUGUCCUGGGUUACAGCUCUCCUGCCAUACCUGAACUCCGCAAAAUCCAAGAUUCAAGACUGCAGCUCAGCACAGAGGAAGCUUCCUGGUUUGGGUCUGUGGUGACUAUUGGUGCAGCUUUUGGGGGACUCCUUGGAGGAUGGAUUGUCGAGAAGAUUGGACGAAAGUUGAGCCUUAUGUUCUGUGCUUUACCAUUCAUCAGUGGGUUUACCAUCAUUAUCGCUGCUCAGAACCACUGGAUGUUAUAUCUGGGCAGAGUGCUCACUGGUCUGGCCAGUGGAGUGACUUCUCUUGUUGUACCACUUUACAUCUCUGAAACAGCUCAUGAGCGUGUUAGGGGAACUAUGGGAUCCUGUGUGCAACUUAUGGUUGUGACAGGCAUUAUGGGAGCCUAUUUAACAGGUUUAUUCCUGGACUGGCGAUGGUUAGCAAUCACAUCCUCAGUCCCUCCUACGCUAAUGCUGGUGUUUAUGUGCUUCAUGCCGGAGACGCCACGAUUCCUGCUCUGCCAAGGGAAAAGGAGAGAGGCAGAGGAGGCCCUGCGCUUCCUCAGGGGUCCUGACGCCCCGGCAGAGUGGGAGUGUGCUAGAAUAGAAGAAGCCUACAAAAAUGAAGAGCAAAGCUUCAGUCUGGCGGAUCUAAAGGACCCUGGUGUCUAUAAACCUUUAGGCAUAGGCAUUAUGAUGAUGCUCCUCCAGCAGUUUACCGGCAUUAAUGCCAUCAUGUUUUACGCAGAGACAAUCUUCGAGCAGGCCCAUUUCAAAAGCAGCGAUGUGGCCACUGUUAUUGUUGCAGCCACACAAAUGCUCUUCACUGCAAUAGCUGCUGCUAUCAUGGACAAGGCUGGGCGGAAAGUUCUCCUCAUCUUGUCUGGUGUCAUCAUGUGUGUUAGUGAAGCAGUGUUUGGAGUGUAUUUCAAGUUGACCGUGAUGAAGCACAAUAACUCCUCACUGACGAGUGUACUAACAGAAGCCCAGGGUUCGCUGGGGGAGCAGCCUCCUACAGACCUGGCCUGGCUGGCUGUGGGAAGCAUGGGCCUUUUCAUUGCAGGUUUUGCUCUUGGUUGGGGUCCUACUCCUUGGUUGGUGAUGUCUGAGAUCUUUCCCACACGUGUGAGGGGAUUGGGCAGUGCUCUUUGUGUGCUUACUAACUGGACCUGUGCUUUCAUUGUCACCAAGACCUUCCAGAACCUUAUGGAUGCCAUAACCAGUGCAGGGACAUUUUGGAUGUUCUCAGGACUUUGUGCUCUCAAUGUCGUCUUCACUGCUAUUUUUGUCCCCGAAACCAAAGGCAAAACUCUGGAGGAGAUUCAAGCUCGUUUUAAGGGGACUCGUCAGCGCUAGACAAGUUUUUUUCUUCGGUGCCAAUGCCAAAAUUUGCACUGACAUGUUAAUGAUCUUACUAUGUUUUAAAAUAAUAUAAAAGUUUACAAAUCAAA